CGUUGGUAUAUUAAAGGAUAUGAAGUAGAAUUCGAUUAUGGUUCCAGUCCCACAACUAUUGGUUUAGAGGUUAUUAAUAGGCCCACAACUCUUGUUGUGAAGAGAUUGAUCUUUGAGACAGUAACCUUGAGGUGGAAGUUGAAUCAUUCUCUUUCGGAGUAACAGCUUCAGAUGGAGCGCGGCAAAAGUAGCUUGCAAGGAGUUGGAGUUCCUAGCUUGCAAGGAGUUGGAGUUCCUAGCGGAGUUGUAGAUCAAGGAGUGAGUCAAGGAGCAGCUGCUGGUACUGCACUCCCUCCACUUCGAAAAAGGAAACUUAAUGCUAGUGGUAGUAGAAAAACUUCUACGGUUUGGGAAGAGUUUAACAUUUUACCGGAUGAGCCUGAACCUAUAGCCGCGUGUAAACACUGUCAUAAAAGGUACCGAUGUGACCCUAAAACACAUGGUACUUCUAACAUGCUAGCUCACUCGAAAGUGUGUUACAAAAACCCUGCCCUUUUGUUGAAAGACCCCAAUCAGACAAACCUUGUAAGCGGCGAGGGUGGGUUUUUAGUUCCAACUAGUCAAAGGUUUAAUGCUGCAGCCUGUAGGAAGGCCAUUAAUACCUUUGUUAUCCUUGAUGAACAUUCCUUUAGAGUGGUUGAGGGUGUUGGUUUUAAGCAAAUGUGUAAACAAUUGCAACCCCAAAUGGCUAUCCCUACUAGGAGGACCGUUGCUAGGGAUUGUUUUCAGCUUUACCUAGCUGAAAAGUCACGUCUUAAAGCCUUUUUUAAAUCUGAUUGUACUAGGGUUGCACUAACCACAGACUGUUGGACUUCGAUACAAAACCUUAGUUAUAUGGCCACCACUGCACACUUCAUUGACACUGCUUUGAAGUACCAAAAAAAAUUAUUAGUUUCUCUUUAG